AUGCAGAGGGAUUCAAGAAUUGGGGGUGUCACUAUAUUGUCGGUGCUAUUGUGUGUUGCCACGUGGCACAUUGCCUUUGGCUUCAUAGAUGGACCAUUAGAAAAUGGCAAUUUCGAGCAGGCUCCGAAAUCCUCAGACAUGAAAGGCACAGUUGUCCUUAAACCCCACGCCAUACCAAAAUGGGAGAUUUCUGGUUUUGUCGAAUACAUAAAAGCGGGGCAAAAACAGGGCGACAUGUUACUAGUUGUUCCGGAGGGAUAUGCUGCUAUUAGGCUUGGAAAUGAGGCAUCAAUCAAGCAACGGUUAAACGUGACUAAGGGAAUGUACUAUUCGUUAACAUUUAGCGCUGCCAGAACCUGUGCUCAAGAGGAGAUUCUUAAUGUAUCUGUGGCACCCGAUUCUGGGGUGCUACCGAUUCAAACAGUGUAUAGUAGCAACGGUUGGGACUCGUAUGCAUGGGCAUUUCGAGCAAUCUAUAGCGUGGUCGAGAUCCUGCUUCAUAAUCCAGGAGUAGUAGAAGAUCCCGCAUGUGGUCCACUAAUCGAUUCCAUUGCCAUUCGAGCUUUAUACCCUCCUAAAGCUACUAAUCAGAACCUGAUGAAAAACGGAGACUUCGAAGAAGGUGCUUAUAUAUUUCCCAACACGAGUUGGGGAGUCCUUAUCCCACCUAACAUUGAGGACGAUCACUCUCCAUUGCCAGCCUGGAUGGUCGAAUCCCUCAAAGCUGUGAAAUAUAUCGAUUCUAAUCAUUUCUCAGUGCCACAUGGCAGGCGUGCCGUUGAACUUGUUGGAGGAAAGGAAAGUGCCAUUGCACAAGUAGUAAGAACCAUCGUAGGCAAAACAUACCAACUCACAUUUGCCAUGGGUGAUGCUAGCAAUUUUUGCGAGGGAUCAAUGAUAGUCGAGGCAUUUGCUGGAGGACGGGACACUGUCAAGGUUCCUUAUGAAUCCAAGGGCACGGGUGGCUAUAAACGUGCUGUGCUGAGGUUCGUGGCGGUUUCUACUAGGACACGAAUCAUGUUCCUUAGCACGUACUACCAUAUGAGGAGCGAUGACUUAGCUUCACUCUGUGGCCCAGUGGUCGACGAUGUGAAGCUGUUGAGUGUUCGUAAUCCCAGACGAUUCGUCUAA